UUGUUUUCUUGUUGCCGUUCUCUCUCCUGUGGAUGUCGCCCCCGCCCCCGCCACCUCUCUCCGGGGAAGUCGCCACCGCCGCCGCCGCCGGAAAGCCUCUCUCUUUAACUGCUGCCAUUAUCUCUCUCCGCUUGGCUCGUUUACAACCCUAAUUACAACCUGCAGAACCUCGAGCUUUAGAGAAGUGCCGGAAAUCAGAAUGAAGGGAAAGAGGUUUCUCUCAUCUCUCCAUUCGCAGAAUGACAACGAGAAGAUGAAGAGGGAAAACGAUAAGAAAGGCCUGCUAGUUUCAAGUUCAGAAUUUCAUUUGAACUCAAUGAAGAAAAAGAAGCAACAGAAGUUGAAAGGGAAGUCACAGACUAAAUUUGAAGAGUUCUUGAAGAUAGAGAAGGCCACCGAUGUUUUUUCUGCUGAUGAGGAUGCGAAGACACUGAGGAGACUUACGAAAAGACUCAAAGUGAAAAACGGAGCGUUGGAUGGUGAUGAUGAUGGGUUUAAUUCGUUGCUUGAAGGAUUACCAUCUGGACUGGAUAUGUUUUUUGAUGAAUCCGCUAUUGAUCAUACGGAGGAAGAUGCUGAUCAGGAAUCUCUCAAGGAGGAAACAGUUCCAUCAAAUGAAAUGUCUAAAAAACGUAAAAGGCGAAAAAAGAUGAGUCUCAAAGAGGAUAAUACCACCGAGUCAGACAAGGGGGUUUCUGAGAAGCAUAAUGAGUUGCCUGAGGAGGAACCUUGUGUCAGGCUGCUCCCGUUGGAUGCAACUGUUAAGUAUGUAGCUCCUCAUAUGAGAGCCUCUCAGGGUGGUGAAUCAGAAGAGCUGUCCCAGGUCCGCCGCAGGAUUAGAGGUCUUCUUAACAGGCUUUCUGAAUCAAAUGUGGAAUCAAUUACAGGGGAAGUGGCUGCAAUAUUUCGAACGAUUGGUCGCAGUGUUGCUUGUCGGAUAAUUGGGGAUGAAGUUCUGGCAUCAUGUUCUAGAGGACCUCGUGGAAAUGAACAGUAUGCCGCUGUUUUUGCAUCUUUUAUUGGAGGCAUGGCAUGUCUAGUUGGGACUGACUUCAGUGCUAGGUUUCUUGCAUCCCUUGCUAAAGUAUUUGAGGAGGAGUACUUAAAGGAUGAUAACCUUUCUUUGCGAAACAUUACAUUGUUGCUUUCAUAUCUAUGCAUAUUUGGUAUUUGCGCCAGUGAUCUUGUAUAUGACUUUCUUUUGGUGCUGAGCAAGCGCUUAACGGAGCUGGAUGUGUCCACCAUCUUGACACUGUUGCAAUGUUGUGGGAUGAAACUAAGGGGUGAUGAUCCUACUGCCAUGAAAGAUUUUGUCCUUGACAUUCAGAACAGAGUGAAUGAGUUAAAGAAUCCUGAUCUCACGCAAGAUGCAAAAUCAAAGAUCAAUAGUAAAAGAAUGCAGUUUAUGCUCGAGACGAUAUGUGAUAUCAAGAACAAUAAAAAAAGGCCCAGGGAGGAUUCUGCUCAUCAUACACGGAUAAAGAAAUGGCUGCAAAAGUUGAGAGUAGAGGAUAUUCUACUCCGUGGGCUCAAAUGGGGAAAGCUGCUUGAUCCUGAAAAGAAAGGGCAAUGGUGGUUAUCAGGGGAAAUUGAGUCCCCAGCAGAUAACGUUGAAGAUGUGGCAGCCACAAUUAACAAAGAGAUAUUGGAGACACAAAAACUGGUGCAACUUGCAGCUGCUCAGAGGAUGAACACUGACAUGAGGAGAGCAAUAUUUUGCAUAAUCAUGAGUGGUGAAGACUAUCUUGAUGCUUUUGAGAAGAUCCUGCGGCUAGAUUUGUCUGGGAAACAGGACAGAGAAAUCAUGAGGGUCCUUGUUGACUGCUGCUUGCAAGAGAAAGUGUUCAACAAAUAUUACACUGUUUUGGCAUCUAAGCUUUGCAGCCAUGACAAGAAUCACAAGUUCUCCCUCCAGUAUUGCUUAUGGGAUCACUUCAAAGAACUUGAAUCGAUGGAGCUUCACCGUUUGGUGAACCUUGCAAGAUUUGUUGCAGAGAUGGUCUCCUCCUUCACACUCUCACUUUCUUUAUUGAAAACGGUUGAUCUGACUGAUCUCAAGCGGCUAACCCCAAAAAGGAUUAUGCACUUCCGAAUACUAUUUGAGACCAUUUUGGAGAACACUGAUGCACUUGUGUGGAAUAUCUUCACCCGAGUCGCUGCCGUACCUGAACUUGAAAUCCUAAAAGACGGCAUUGUCUACUUUAUCAAGCAGUAUCUUUUUGCUGCAAACUCCGGAAAAUCCUUUGCCCAAAAAUACAAGAUUGCCAAGAAAGCACUUGCCAAUGAGGCUGGUGUUCUCAUGUAAAAUUUUCAUCAUGAAAAUCUUUUUGCUGUUCUUUUAAUAAUCUAAUUUAUCCACAGCAUCAUCUUAGUUUCUUUUCUGUUCA